UUGUGUUAGAAUCAGGUUUGACAGAUUGAGCAGUGAUUAAAUUGUGAGUGCCAACAAAGAAGACCGCUCCGAUGCGCUAAAACCCAGCCAAUUCCACCUUAAAUGCCAUUUGCGUCUGUAGUAGAGACCGAGGCGCCAUCUUCGGUCCACCUUAAGCGCACAAUGUGGCCAACGAACGAACGAAAGCGUACCAGCCAGGCUUCCGUCCUCAUUCUCCAGCCGGGGAUCGCUCUCUGGCUUCCCAGCUUUGACACAGCGUCACUUGUGAAACAGCACAGAGGGGGGGAAAAGACGCACCCGAGCCAAAGCCCAUCCGCACCAGCAGGAGAAGAUGUCCGAGCCCAAUAAGUACCGAGAGUGGAUCCUGGAAACAAUCGACUCUCUCCGCUCGAGGAAAGCCCGUCCGGAUCUGGAGAGGAUUUGUCGAAUGGUCCGGAGACGACACGGGUCAGACCCAGACCGAACCAGGACAGAACUGGAAAAACUGAUUCAAGAGCAGACGGUGCUCAAAGUUAGCUACAAGGGGUCCAUAUCGUAUCGAAACGCGGCGAAGGUGCAGAGGAAAAGCAGAAAGAAGAUUGAGUUUACGGCGGCUGGCAGCAGCAGCAGCAGCAGCGCGGAGGCAGCGAGGGAGCGGACCAAACACGACCAUCUCAACAACAACGGCGACAGUGCGCACAGCUUCACCGACCAGGAGGAGGGCGAGGAGGACUCGGAGCCCAGCCCAGAUCCCCACACUCAAACACCAGCCAGCGCCGCCGACAAGAAGCUGAAGCCAGCCUCCAGUCAGAGUAGCGGAAACGGGUGCCUCAGUUGUGGCGCAACAACGGGCUGCGAUGUCGGGAGCGGCUGUAAAGAGGAGAAAGCAAGUGCACCGAGAGACAAGGGAUUAGGACAGCAGGGAGUGGGGGGCUGCCCGCCGCCCGGUCUCACUCACACAACAAACGACGGCGGCGAUGCCAGCAAGAUAACACCGAGCAAAGCCGACGCAGUUCGCGCAGAAAAAGAGCCGUGUUUGUCCGGAGAUGACACCCAGAACAAAACUUGCUCCGGGAGCGCCAGCAGCCUCCCGCAACAGCAGAGACCGAAGCAGACUGUGCCCCUCAAGCCCAAACUUCGAGUCGGAGGAGGGGGCACCAAAACAGCGGGGAACCACGCCAACUCCGACCUGGGCGACAGACUGGUGGCUUCUGUUCGCAGCCUGUCCGAGAGGAGCAUCCGAGGGGGCUCCGCCGCCGCGACCAGAGGCCACAUGAAGCCGCUCGGGCUGAAGGAGAUUUUGGGCUAUCUGAGCAGCCAGGAGCGGCUGUCGGAGGAGAAGCUGACCCGAGGCAAAGUCAAAGUGGUUAUGGAGAGAGAGGUGGCGAGGGGCAGGCUGCGCAGGACCCGCUGCGGGAACAUUACUCUUCCUCUGAGGGGGAUGGUGGUGGAGGAGCCGACGCCGAAGAAUCCGUCCGCUGACAGACUUGUAAAGAGCGCACUGCAGGACAAGCACGCUGGGAAAAAGCCGCCGUCCCCCUCUCUCCAGGAGAAUGAGCCGAUGGAAACAGCCAGUGAAGAAGAGGAACGGGAAAAGAAUGAGGAAGAAGAAGAGGAGGAGGAGGAGGAGGAUGAUCCCCGGAGUUCUGAUGAGGAGGGAGGACUAUCCCCGGUAGCCAUGACAACCGAACCAGAGCUCAUUGAGAAAACCACAGAAGAUGCUGAGAUCCAUACAGCAUCAAAGCAGGAGAGCCCCCAACAGCAGCAGCAGCAGCAGCACGGUGGCAAAGGGACGUGCGGGCUUGAUUCCUUCACCAGGACACCGCAUCCACCUGUUCAUGGAGCCUCCCUGUCACAAUGUAACAGCGCACACUUGGGGGAGAGAGCUGUCGUCCCCGAUCAGCUUCAUAUGGAGGCACAGAAUCAGAUGCAGCAUGACAGAAUCAACCACACCUCCUCAGGCUUUAACAGCUUGGAGUCUAAGACAGAGGUCGGCGUGUCGUCCUGCCUGCUCACACCCACCGCCUCCCCGAGAGACUCUGGCAUGUCUGAGGACAGAGGGAUAAACGGAGUUAACAGUGGAGGGUUUGUGAAGUCCGAGGGGGCCAGUGGGAGCCCGGUGGACUGGACAGUGUCUGAUGUGGUCAGUUAUUUCACAGCAGCAGGUUUCCCUGAACAGGCUGCUGCCUUCAGGACCCAGGAAAUCGAUGGCAAGUCUCUUCUCCUCAUGCAGCGUAACGAUGUUUUGACUGGCCUGUCAAUCAGACUGGGCCCAGCCCUCAAGAUCUAUGAGCGUCACGUAAAGGUUCUGCAGAAAACGCACUUUGAGGAUGACGACUGUUAACGACAGAGACUACUACGUCUGUAUCUACAUAUAGCUCAAGUAAUCCUAUAGAUAUGUAUGCAUGACAUGAUAUACAACACACUUUGCUUUUCAUCUCAUGUUAAAUCGCACACACACACACACACACACACACACACACACACACACACACACACCUCUAUUUCUCUUUCUCUACAACUGCUCUGGUCCAGAAACAACACAGCAAAGAGACUGGAUUUCCUGGACAACAAGGGUUUUCUACCAAACUGAGCACAAAUGUCAGAGGAAGUACAUCAUGAAACUGUCAGGUACGGAGGUUAAAAAUAGUCAUGCAAUUCCUCUUUUUUAUUUACAACGAUAAAGCACUUUGCAACUUCUUGACUAAACUGUGCAAAAUGGUUUGUUUUUAAACUGUUAUUUGUGCUGACCUUUAUGCACAUUUCGAAAGGGGUCAUGGUUUUUCUGUGGUUUUCCUUUUGUUUUUGGAGGCUUUGACUGAUGCGAGGGUUUCUCGCUUGUGGAUGUAUGUGUGUGGCUGCAUGACAGAGCACGUUGGAUCAGAAACAGAUUAAUAGUUGACCAGAUUAGAUACAUUCCCAGGAGCUGGAGCAGAUGGUUGUGAUGCUGACCGGUCACAGUCGUAGAUGUGUCACAACCUUGUGUUAACGGUUGUUGGCCAAAGCAAUAAGCUGAUAAUUCCUUCUAGAUGUUUUGCAUCUUGUCAGCUCGCAGGUGGAUGAUUUUGUGUGUCUUAUUGUUUCAGAUGAGAAUCAAUGAAGUUUUCAUAAUGUUUUUAAGCAGUGCUGGUGAUCUGUUCUGGCUUAUGCACCACCACAACAGGGGCUGGUUUCACCAAGACAGACUUCGACUGUGGCUUAGGGUGUUUUCAUAUUAGAUAUGAUUGAUUUGCCUGAGUAUGACUGCGUCCCCACCCAACUUCCCUGCUGCUCAGCUUUCACAUUAGUAACAAUCAACUCUCAACUAGAUGUAACAGAAUGUAAAUAUAUUAAAGGUUAGCCAAUGUAAUGCAUCAGCCUCCAUUUGUAAAUUACUAAAAAAAAAACAAUCUUCUAACUGAAAGAUGUUAUGGCAGGGUAAAGCUAAGUCAAUCAAUCAACUAAUCUCAUACCACCAGCAUUUUUGAACUGUUUUUACCGGUCAAACCUUAGAAACCAAAUGCUGUCAAACGAUCACACAUCUCAUUCCCACCUUCACUGUACCGACACAUUCCAGGUUUGGCAUCUCGUCUCUGCAUGCUUUAUAAUAUUAGUGCUUUUUUCCUCAUAUUUGAAUGUUUAUAUUUCUGUUUUCAGCACGUUGGUUUCAUUUUGUGAAUGUUUCCAGUCCACACUGAACGUUUCUUUGUGCAUUCAAAGCUCCUCUACCUCUCUCCCCUCGCUUCCCCCUUCACUGUCACUUUCUUUGCAACUUUACGUUGUUUAUUGCCACUGUUGUCAUUCAGAUCAUUUCAUUCUUAAGAGUUUAAUCUGUAGGAGAGGACAGCUGUGUUUGGGUCCAGAUUCACACAAGGGGAAUGUACAGUGUGCCUGUGCCCUUGUUGCUUGUCAUUUGUUAAAGGACAAUUUUAGUAAUAAAAGUUGGAGAU